UAGGAACCCUGUUUUAUCUUCAAAUAACGGUACACUUUUUCGCACUGUAUGUUUCCAGACCUUAGAAUUAUACGACCGUGAUCUAACGUCAAUUUUUGACAGCUCACAAGUCACUUGUGUCGAUUGUUUGAUACCCGAUGACGUCAGUUCGGAUUGUUUACCAAUAACGUUUUUUUUGCGUACAUUAUCAUCGAUUUUCAUUCAGUAAAUAAAUUCCUGAGUCAUGCAAUCAAAAUUCACGGGAAAACCAAACGUAUCAACAUUAUUGCUAUCUUUUUAAUAAUAACAAACAAAUACAUUGUCGGAGGUUUCGAUCUAUGUGACCUCAGAAAUCCCAGUUCGAAAUUAAACCGGGAGAAAAAACGAGGGGAGUUUGAAAAAUUAUUAAAUAUACGCCCGGUUAUUACACCGCAUAUUUCACCGCAUAUUUCCCGCAUAUAAUUCGCCUGCAUCUCUCCCACGUCGCAUGUUCCUUAUAUAAAUUAUUUACGGACCCGUUGUAGAUGAGACGAGACGAGAUAGAAUUCGAAAACUCUUAUACACGAGAAUAGGGGAAUUUAGAAAAUGCAUCUAACGACAUACUUAUAUACGUUGUUAUAUUUACAAUCGAGCGAAUUAAUAAUACGGGGUGAAAGCGAAGAGAAUUUUUCAUGACCUCUUCUUAGGUACUUAUUGAAUUACCCCUGUAUACUUAUCAUCAUGCAGUUUUAUCUUACUUUUUUACAACGAAAAUUCGUAAUAUAAAGUAGUUCCCUGCAUACUUUUUGAUUAAAUUCGUUCGAUUUUGCUGCAAGUAAAUUCUCAUAGAUACAAACAUGAAACUCGCGCUUUGUUUGUUUGUUUUGGCCCUUUUUCUCUACGAAUCUGAAGCAAUUAAAGAUUGGAAACAGCACCCUAUGUACCCCUGCGUAAAGUGUCUCUGUCACGCCAGGUCCGGCUGUUGGAUAAGGCAGAAUUGCGCCAAAUAUUCCAUAAAUUUCAAUUACUGGAAAGAAGCGGGAUCGUUGGUGGUGAAUCUGGAUGAUCCUCCGAACAAUGUAGAAAGCUACAAUGCGUGCAUGAAGGACGAAAAUUGCAUAGUGGGCACCAUUAUUCAAUACACCCAGCAAUUUGGUGAAUUGGACUGCAACUGCGACGGGAAAUUCGACUGCAAAGACCGGCUGGCCAUCCACUUGUUCGGGGCGAGUUGCGAGCGCCCCAAUUUCGGCAGCGACUACUCCUGGAGAUUCAACCAUUGCGCCGCUUCCGUGGGAGUGAAGAGGAUGGGCAGCCGAGAAGGGGACAGCAAUUGCAUCGAACCGAAAGUCGUUUGAAUAUUUUUGCAAGUUUCGUAUUAAAAAAAAAAUAGAAGAAUUAUAGUUCGUUGUAAAUGGCGUUUAUUUUAGUGAAGUAGAUUAAAGUGUGUAUAUGUAGUUGUUUUCAUAUUAAAUUCGUUAUUGAGC